UAUAUUGCUACCUCAUUAUUCAUGAACCUGCGGUAGUUAGGCCCAUGCUCUUGUUUCUUCCGCUAGCGCCCUCUAUACUUAUUCAACAUGACCAUGAGAGAGGGAUCGUAGACGAGGAUUCAAGACUAGGCUAGGCUAUAUUGAGUUUUCAGGUUCCAAAUCAAGCACAUGGGAGCAGGAGAGUCUGUACAAACUCCUCCAGUUGUAGGUGUGACCCAACAUGCACCUAUACACACGAGUCCACCUGCAGGAUGUCCAAUGCACAAUGAGAAACAACAAGGCUCUUUACAAGGGAGCACCCCACCUUCAGGUUGCCCAAUGGAUCAGUCUAGCCAAGCAUCGUAUGUUAGUGAAUGCCCAAUGAGCCGGUCAAAGACCAUGGUGUCUCAACAGGAUGAUGAUAUCGAUCUAAGGAACAGGAUGCCUCCUCCAAAUCAAAGGCCAGCCCCAGACCAACCCUUUCCACUGGAUACAAACCGGCAACAUUCUACAAUACCAAAAGCUGGCACAGAUGGUGAGACUUGGGUGUACCCAUCACAGCAAAUGUUCUGGAAUGCAAUGCUAAGGAAGGGAUGGAGGUGGAAGGAGGAGGAUAUCUUACAAGAAGACAUGGCACGGAUUAUCCAGAUCCAUAACUACAAUAACGAGCAAGCCUGGCAGGAAGUCUUGAAGUGGGAAGCUCUCCAUCUCAAGGAGUGUGGUAAUCCUAAGUUAUUUAAAUUUGGUGGCAAAUACAAUGAGCUUUCCCCAAGGGCCAGGAUACGUAUGUGGAUGGGGUAUGAGAGACCAUUCGACAGGCAUGACUGGAUCAUAGAUAGAUGUGGCAAAAAGGUCCGAUAUGUCAUAGAUUACUAUGACAGUGGCAACGUGGACCCUAAUACUGGAGAGUUCUCCCUUCUGGAUGUCAGGCCAGCAUUGGAUUCCCCUGGUGCAUUAUGGGAUAGAAUGAAGGUAGCAUGGUGGAGAUGGUUUUACACUAAUAAAGACGAUUGAAGUACAGAAGUGACCUGCUGUUUUCAAGAGAGGGGGAAUAAUGCAAAAGAUACUGAACAUCAACAGUCUGCAGUAUGGAUUGUUUAGAUAUUGAAAUACCAACAGAUCCAAUAAGUAAUGUUUGGUACUAUUCAAUGAAUUUAAAGAAUUGAGGAUGUAUCUUUCAACAUAUUGGUUAGAAAUGAUAACUCAAUUAACUUGCCAUUUGUGCAGAUUCUUAGCAAGUACUAAAUGAAUAAUUAAAUUUAUGACUUAUUGUAAGCAAUUAAACACACCAAAUACAUUGUUUGGGAAAUGUGGAAGGUGCUAUUGGUAGUGUCUGUAUAUUAAAUCAUAUAUUAAGUUAAAAAACUUCCUUUUUAAUUUAGUAUUUUUAUCUUUUAUUCCAUCAAGAUAUAAAUGUUUUUCUCAACGUUUGAUUAGUUGAUAGUUUAAAAAUUUUGAAAGUUAUAUUUAUUCCAAAUACAGUACAGUAAUGUUAAUUCUGUCAGUCUGUAGCAUAUUACAUUCAGAACAAAAUGCUUUUGCUUACAAAAGAAUUUAAGCAACCAUAGGUUGAAUUAUCCCAAGGUUUAGUUUCUAUGCAAAUCAUUAAGUAUAAUAUCUUGUCUUCCCAUAAUAAAUACAGUGGCGUAUCUAGGGGUCAUGAAAUGGGAGGGGGAGGGGAGGCAGCUCGCAAUAUAUAGGUGAUAUGAGAUGAUUUUUAACUACUUGAGCAUAAUUUUUUUUCCCUUUGAAAUUUCCAGUGGGGGACGACUAGGGGUGAAAGAUUUUUUUCUGGUGGGGGUGGUGGGUCAUGCACCCAGAUGCACCUCCUAGAUACAUUACUGAAUAAAUAAUAUCUUGGAUUUAUACAGUGUCUAAUGUCAAAGAACCUUUAAAAGCAUCCUAGGUGCUGGUUCAAUGAUGGAUAUCAAUAAUUAAUAGAACAUUCUGACAGUUAAAGUGGUGGGGUGUUUAAGAAUAUAAAUGGUGUUUCAAUAAAAUCAGUUGUAUUGGAGUGCAGUA